AUGCAUGAACAUACGGUAGGACAAGCCAUCGUUUCGUGGAGGUGGAGUACGUGUCGACGGACAUCGAGGAGAUCCGUAAGGUGCUCAGCUUGCCGGAGGAAGAGUUCGUCAGACGACAGGGCCAAGAAGGCGGAGCUGGCGAGCUCUUUCCUUGAGUGGACGUCCGACCCUAUCCACAAGUCCCUCACCGACGUGUCGGGCCUCAAGGGGGAGGCCAAGAAGCAAUUCAAGAACAUGCUGGGCUACUGCGGGGACCGCAAGUACCAGUAUCCAGACCCUCUCAUCAGAGACAUCGUGGCGAAGGGGUUGGAAAUGACGGAGCUACGAGGGGAGCUGUACGUGCAGGCGAUGAAGCAGCUGACGAAGAACGCCAACCCAGCCUCCGUGCAGCGGUGCUGGGAGGUGGUGACGAUGCUCCUCACGUGCUUCCCCCCACCCAAGGACAUGGAAAACUACGUGCACUACUUCGUGCGGUGCAACGCUCCGGAAGACACUCGCGAGAAGUUCAAGCUGGCCGUGCACAUGUCGGUGUACGACGGUGUUAAGGAAACAGCCCCGAGCGUGAAGGAAAUCCCCCCGCUGCUGUCCGGCUUCUUCGAAAGGGAGAUCAGCGCCAGGUACAACAUUGAGGAAGACGUGGUCAGCGUCAAGCCGACGCGGCCCCCGCCGUCGCGCCCGGGCUGGGCCGCCGCCGCCGCCUCGGCCGCCGCUGCCUCGGCAUCCGCCGCCCCCGCCACCGCCCCCGCUGGGAGUUCCAACGGAGGCUACGGCGGCUACGGCGGCUACUGGGGGCCCCCGGCUGCUAACAGCACAGCGGCGGCGGGAGGUUACGGGGGAUAUUCCGCCCCCGCGGGGGCGACGCCAGCAGCAGCUGCCGGGGGGUACGGGGGGGGGGGCUACGGGCAGCCGGCGGCGGGAACGAACGGCGGCGGGGCGGACCCCGCGAUGCCGGCCAUGCCGUCGAUGGCUGCGCCGCCGCUGCCGCCGAAGCCCAAGCCUUCCGAGCCGCAGGCCAGGGUUUUGUACGACUAUGAUCCGGCGGGGCAGGAGGGGAUGGUUGCCGUUUCCGCGGGCCAGAUGGUCGGGGUAACCAACCGGGACAACCCAGACUGGUGGAUGGCGUCAUUGGAUGGCGGCGUAGAAGGAUGGGUGCCCGCGAACUACCUCGAGAUGCAGUGA